AUGGUACAAGCUCGGCUACUCUUCGCCAUUGCCAUACACGCUCGGGGCGAGCCGAACGAGGGACAGGCAAUGCUCCAGAAUGCUAUAGAUCUGGCCAUCAGCCUUGGCAUGAACACGAAAGAUUUUGCUACUUUGCACGGCGAUUCGUUGCCAUGUCUCGAGGAGAGCUUUCGUCGCACAUGGUGGGAGUUGUUUGUGGUGGAGGGCAUCAUGUCCGCAAUUCACCGCAAACCAACCAUGAAGACUAGGUCCGUUGCCUCCGAAGUUUUACUACCAUGCGAGGAUUCAACAUAUACAGACGGCGCCUGUUUUUCUGGCGGGUCAUCAUUGGCUCAAUUUACCGACCGCCAUUUUGCCGAAGAAGAAGUCAGUUUCUCAUCGUCUUGCUAUCGCAUUGAGGCUGUUCAAAUUUUGUCCAGGGUAAUGUCAAUUGCGAACGCUGAGGCCCAUCCGGACGAGGUACAAGCAAUCGACAAUUCUCUUGCAGCCUGGUCGCAUUAUGUGCCACCAGAGAAACGUGAUCUCAUCUCAAACUCGGGAGAAGUGGACGAGCUACUUUUCCAGGCGCACAUGCUCAUUAACUGGGCUACCAUCCUACUGCACAUGCCUCGAAGCGAGCUUCUCUCGGUCCAUCCGGCUACUGCAGAUAUAUUCUGUGCCAAAGGCGACAAACAAAUGCCAUCUACAGACACAAAGCAUGCCCAUGCGAGCAAAGCCACAGACGCGUCCAAAGAGUUGUCCAACCUGGCCGCUCUCCGCUGCCCAGUACAAAAGCACACCCCUUUCUUCAUAUGCGCUCUCGUCAUCGCGUCAGUCGUACAAUUAGCUGCCUGCACUCUUCACAACUGCCGCUGCAUGUACCAACACCGUGAUCGAAUUACAUUGGUCGUCGGUUUGCUCAAGUCACUUAGCGUGAGCUGGGCAUGUGCUGGAUCGGUACUUAUUAAGAUUAAGAAGAUCGCAGCAAAAGUGCUGAAAUCUGAGCAUUGCACUAUGACUGUGGCUUCUAAUCAGUGCGAUAGCUGCACAGAUAGUGGUCUAGGCAGUGAAGAGGUGCCCUGGUUGGAAUUCUUCAAUGAUCCAACGGUUAUGUCGUUCGAGCGAUUUGCACCUGGACCGCUCUUCUUUGAGGAAAGUACCUGA